AUGGCGUCGCAAUCUCAAGGAAUUCAACAACUGUUACAGGCCGAGAAAAAGGCUGAGAACAUGGUGUCUGAUGCUCGAAAACGUAAGAAAAUGCAUUUAAAUAUCUCUUUUAAUAUAUUUUAUCAAAAUUUUUAAAGAAAAGAGCAAAAAAUACAAAUAUUUCCGCAAACCAGUGAUGACGGAAGAUGGUAAACCAUCAGCCCAAGGCACAGUGGUUGUUUUUAAACUUGUGUUUUAGCAAGUGGUGCUACAGAUUAUGGAGCCAUUUUUGAAUAGGGUUAACUUUUUAAUAAGUUUUUUUCAAUUCAGGGUAAUAAAGAGAUUUCAAAAGUUAGGUUUACAUAAUCUUGGCCGCAGUUUUAAUUUUGGCUCACUGAACGAGCUUUGUAUUCUGUGAUAAUUUGGUUUUAUCAUCUGAGUUGACAGUGUGAAAUGGCCGCUGUAAAUAAUUUCUAAUGCUGACGUUUCGAGCGUUAGCCCCUCGUCAGAGCUACUGGGAUAGCGAUCUGAUUCAGUUAUGGUAAAAUAAUUAUUUCCCAUGCUUGGAAAGAUAGCUGGCUGAUUUUUUCCGUUAUUGAAACUCUCCCCUAAUUUUGCUCGUGUUUCGCUUCACCAAAUCUCCGUUUAAGUCGAAAACGGUCUUGUUCUCUGUGCAUAGCACAGUUUUUACAUUGUAUGUAGCUAUCCUAAAGUCAAAUAAUAAUUAUUUGUAUUGAGGCCUCCAACAUUUACAUGUAGGUAGUGAAACUCCCUCUUAUGGUUUCAUGUUUUGUAUAUUUUUCAAUUUAUUUAGGAUUCUAGAAAUUUUCUUAAGACAUCAGUGUUUCCCACAAUAAGAAAUGUUGAGAAUAAUGAAAUCCUUGAAAUGGGAGUAAACCUAUGUCAUGAAGUGUUUGGGUGAAAACUUUAAAUCAAUUUAGGAAACAAAGAAAUUGAAACUUUAGCAACCUCUUGAUUAGGGUCUCCCAUAUUCCAAAAUUUAGCUAAGCUUGAGCAUUUUUGAACCUAUUUCAUUAAAUCUGUCCCACUGCAAAAUAUUAUACUUAUUUCCUGUCAGGUAAGACUAGAAAGUUGAAAGAGGCUAAAGAAGAAGCACAGGCUGAAAUCAGGACUUACCGCGAAGAACGUGAAAAACAGUUUCUGAAUUAUCAACAAGAGGUACUUCGAUGAGUUUAUUUUUCUUUUGUGCAAGCUGUAACACUUACACAAAAUACAGAUACAAUUAGCAAUGUGCUGUAGUGAGAAUUGUUAAGAUCUAAUUUGUGAUAUUUCUUAAAACAAAGUUCCAUGUUAGAAAAUAGCCAAAAUGCAGGUUUUGAGUUUUUCAUAGUGCAAGCAAGUACUAUCAAUUGUUUUAUUUUUUAGAACUUUUCAUGUUCAUUUGAGAGAGUGGAGGGAAACUAACAUGAAUGGCAAGGUGUUCACUAAGAACUGGAGAUAACCGAUUUCCCAAUUCAAUGAGAAAAAAUUAUCUGGCAACAUGUUAAUCUUUAAUUUACCCUUAGUGACCAAAACAGACUUUCUCCUUACAAUAUCUACACAAUAUCAAGCAAACAAUUGAUAAGAAUAAAGAAAAAUAUCAGUUAGGGAUUAUUAGCUGGUGUAAUACUGAAUUCUCCAAACUAACAUUAUAAGACAAAUGAAUAAAGGGGGUAAGUUUCUAAAGAAACUGUGGUGUUGUGUUGGUGGGAGAGUAUAACAAGGUAAUUUAGUGUUAACAACUGAGUUGAUAACAUAAAUUGCCACUGUCAAGAGUUUCAUAGCUGACAUUUUGAGCAUUAGCCCUUCUUCAGAGUGAAUGGAGAAAUUGUGGGUUGUGUGCGAGUGUUUAUAUGCAGAAAAUGGAGCUUUGCUAUUAGUGGGAAUAUGGUGACUAAAAAACAAGAAUAACUUAAUCAAGUGAAAAGCAAUAAUUGUUACUAUGGGGAUUGAGAGUGCAGAUUUGGAAUGUUGGGAGUGAGAGGGUUAAUGGACCAAGCUGUGCUUAUUGAGACAUGGAGUGGUUAUGUAAUAUAUUUUCCUGAUGCUUUUCACUAAUUUCCUGUCUUUACAUUUUUUAACUUAACCUUGAAUACAGUGAUUGAAUAUCUAAAUAAGUGCAAAAUAUCAAUGCUUUUUUUUUUUUAUACAAAGAAUUCCAAACAACUGAACAUGAAUUUCCAUCUUUGUGGAUUAGCUAUUUGAAGGCCUUGUGUUACUUAUGAAAUUCAACACAUUUGAUGCAAUUUUUUCAACAGCACAUGGGGUCCAAAGAUGAUUUUCAAGCUAAAAUCGAGGAACAGACAAAUGUGAGACUUGACCAAAUCAGUGAAAGUGUGAAGAAAAACAAGGAGGAGGUUAUUCAGAGGCUUUUAACUCUUGUAUAUGACAUCAAACCUGAACUGCACCAGAAUCUGAGGACAUAAGCUCUGAUGAUAAAAUUUGGCAAGAACUUUGCAAAGAAUAAUGAUUAAUAUUGUAUUAUGUUCCAAGAUGUGGGAAUAUGUAAUUGAGUGAAUGAGUGUUUGUCUUUUCAUGUGGACAAUGUAUUAGCUAUGAAACUGUAUGAUUUAUCCUGCAAGUUACAGAAGAAUGGGUUUUCAGUUUGGCAAAAUGUUGCUUCAUUUGAAAAUUUUGUGGAUGAAAAUACUGGCAAGAAAUAUGCUAUAAUGAUAUAAUGAAGGUAUUUGAUUGUUAUUAGCUAUGAUUUGAACAUUGUGAGGUAUUUGCAAGUAGGAAAUUAAAAGGAAAAAUAAUAUACACCUAAACAGAUCCUGAAGUUAGAACUUUCUCUGAAGAUUGAGCUCUAUUUCGUUUCCUCUUCUUAGGGAAUUUGAGAACUGAUAUCCCUGUCUUUCCGUAAAGGUUACCAUUAAAUAGGAGAGGCCUUAAUGUCAAUGUAAACUUAUACAUGUACCUCUUUAGUAAAUAUUGUUUCCAGGUAAGCCAUCACCUCCAGCUGAUCCUGUACUUUGUAGUUGAUGCUAUUACAAUAAAACUACAUAUUAUGAUCAACGGUAGUUUCAUGCCUGCUAUCCUAUGUUACAUUCAGUUUGGGAACAUUAAUGUCUCACAUGACCACAUAUUUUUGAUGCAAUUUCUAUGUAAAAAUUUUUAUUGUUUGUUGUACACUGAAGUAGUGUUUUGCACAGUAUUGAUGUCCUAUCCUUCUCAAUUUAACUAGCAUUGUUCAUUGCAGACAAUCCAGUCCACCUGUACAGGAAAGUCAGUUUCACUGAUUCUUCAAUUAUUUAAUUUUUCCAGUGAUUUGUUCAACUUGUUCACAAGUGUGAUGUUUUUCAAACUUAAACCAACCCCACCAUUUUGUUUUGCAGAAAGG